AUGUCCGUUAAAGCCAAAUCACCCAAUGUUACAAUAGGAGGGAAAAGUUACAAAAAAUCUACCAUAUUGGCUGAUGUAAACAUUCCUUAUAAGUUUUCUAUUGACAGGAAUAACAAUAUUUUGUUCUUCUGUAUCAAUGCGGAUGAGUUUUCCGAUCAAAGUUUUCAAAGUGUCGAAUUAAAUCUAUAUUCAGGAUGUGCGAAAAUCGUUCCGAGUAUUCGUAAUGGCUUCGCUAGUGCUGUAGAUCAAACGAACGGUAUCGUAUAUCUUGGUGGGAGCGAUGGUGUUUAUAAGUACGAUUAUCAAACACAUGACAUACGAAAACCGGCAAUCAUAAAAGGUAUUGAUGUUUUCGAUAUGUUUUACAAAGAUUGCCUAUAUUUUGUCGAUACAACUAAUCUUGAUCUAUUCUCAUUGAAAAACGGUCAAAAAUCUAUUGUAUCUACAGUAGAAGAGUAUGGAGUUCACCAUUGUGCUGUUGAUGGAAAUGAUAAUUUAAUUGUUGCUAACCCCAGUGGUUUGUUUUAUUUACCUAAGGGAUCGAAAUCACCGGAAAGGAUUGGCAAUAAUGUGGGUAACAUUCGAGGAAUAACAACAGACGCGAAAGGAGAACCGUAUUUAAUAGCACAGGACGGCAUUUAUUCGAUUGAUUGUAUUGAUAAUCAAAUAAAAAAUAUAUUGACGUUGGACAAUGGAUAUGGUUUAGCGUUUGAUAAAAACAACAUGAUUGUGUAUGGCGAUGAGAGAUGCGUUGCAAAACUAGUACCUUGGGAUGCAAAUGAUUAG